UCCAGAGUUCCCAGCUCGUACCAUGUAAGGUUGCCUUUAAAUAGUAUUUCCAUCGGGCUUACUGCUGAAUGUAAAAUAUAUGGGAAGAUUAAAGAUAUAUGACUGUAAGUUAUUUCGAUCAAUCAAGUGAUAGUAGUCACUGGCGUCAAGUUGUGCAGCACGACAGUUAGUAGUAAGGGUAGGAAUAGAUUGUUAUGUAACUGACCACCACAAGUGGUGGUAGCUGUAAUAGGACUAGAUUGAAAGAGAACUGCUGCCGUCAAUGGAAAAUAUGGCACUGACUUAUAAAAUCAUUAACUGUUAGUCUGAGUUUGGCCGGGGUCCUUGAGACGCUAAAAUCUAAUUGUUGCAGAUUUUUUGUGAUAUACUACUCCAUAGUUUAGUGGUUAUUUGUUCACUUAGAAGUGACACAGUGGUUCGCAGCCUUUUUUGAUCUGGUUUUUGGAGUUUGUGUGUUGCUGAGUGAUUUUCCCAGCCCAGUGGCUUGAUAUGCUUUGUGUAGUCAGAUGUUAUCCUACUCUUUUUUUAUAGCAUUAUAGUAUUUAAUUAGUCUUUAUGUAUGCAUGUUUUCAGAUAAAUUUAUUAACAAUUAAAACGCGUGAUAUUCUUACACUAUGUUUCGCUCCGAUUUCUAGUAACUGACAUUCCAAAGUAUGCCACUGUUUGGGAAACCAAAAAGCCCUCGUGAACUGGUCCAAAUUGUUAAUGAAAACCUACUUGCCUUAAGUGGCAGUGCCAAAAAUGAUAAAGAACGGAAGAAGGCUGUGGAAGAAAUAGCAAGGGCUUUAAGUACUUUGCGAGAGCUGUUAACUGAUAAGUCAGACACCCGACUGACUGGCAAGGAGCGCGAUGCAGAGUUGUCAAAUUCUGAACGAGCACGAAUAAAUGAAAUCAUAACGGAUGUUACUCACGAAAUUAUAAAUCUCAGUCUUUUGCCGUUAAUUGUAAACAAUUUAGAUGCUAUCGAGUUUGAGAGUUCUAAACACAUCGUUGAUCUGUUUGGUCUUAUUAUGCGAAGGCAGGUUGGGUCAUACAAUCCAGCCGCUCAGUAUCUGUUGUCCAACACUCAAAUUUUAAUAUCAUUAUUACAAGGAUACUCCAAGCCCGAUAGUGCUAUACACUAUGGAGCGAUGCUUCGCGACGCAUGCCGACAUGAAGCUUUGGCUAAAGUUGUUCUUCGUUCUCAAGAGUUUUAUCAGCUUUUCGAACAUGUACAAGGUACAGCUUUCGAUGUAAGCUCAGACGCCUUUGCAACACUAAAAGAUUUACUAACACGCCACAAAGCCCUCGUAGCAGAUUUCCUCGCAGCUAAUUAUGAUGAAUUUUUUAAUCACUAUAUGCAUAUGAUCCUGUCAGACAAUUACGUUACAAAAAGGCAGGCACUAAAGCUGCUAGGUGAACUUUUACUUGAUCGACAUAAUAUAUCAAUAAUGACAAGGUAUAUUGCAGAUCCGGAAAACCUUAAAGUUAUCAUGAAUAUGUUAAAAAGUAAAGAGAAGCAAAUUGCUUUUGAAGCAUUUCAUUGCUUUAAGGUUUUCGUCGCAAAUCCAAACAAACCACCGGCUGUUCAUAUGAUUCUAUAUCGUAAUCAGGAGAAGUUAUUGUCUUUCCUGUCAAAUUUCCAAACGGAGCGUACAGAUGAUGGCCAGUUCAACGAUGAAAAACAAUACUUAAUCAAACAAAUUAGAGAAUUGAAGCCCAUAUCAAUUCCCGCUAAUCCUAGUGCCACUCAACUAAGUACAGCUGCACGCACAAACUGAUUUCAAACUUUCAGUAACCGUAUGUUACUUAACCUAUCGUAAUCUAUACGGAAACAUGGUCUGCUUGAUAUUUGGGUCAUUUGAUGAAACAGAAGGUUAUGCUUACCCGUCUACGCUCUGAUUAUAGUCUAUAAAAUCAAAAAAAUUAUUCUGUGAAUGGAUAAACAUUUAAAGUGGUUUCGGGGAAAUAUUGACAUUUUUUUGUAAGUAAUUUUCAGGUAUUAUUAUAUAAAUUUACCCUGAUGCUUCAUUGGGACGGGAACUGUAUUACCUACCUAUGGUGCCUAUAUUUAGUGAUGAUUUUUUGUUGUUGUUAUUGUUGUUGUACACUAUACACUAUUAGAGUUUAUUCAGUUCUGAUGACCUCACUGACUAUUAUAGAUAGUUUUCUAGAUUCUACCGCAUUAUUUAAUCUUUAUCACUCUUUGUAAAACCGUUUCGUUGGUUAGUGCAGUUGGAUUUGUUCUAUUUUGUAUAACAUCUUUAUUUGAAUAAAAAAUUCCUUUUUCUGUCCAUAUCUACUGUAGAUGAUAGAAUAUAGUACGUAUGUAUGUAUGUAUGUAUAUAUAUAUUCUUAUAUGUUCAGUUGUCUUUCUAUGAUGAUCCUGUUCACACUCAUGCUAUUUCAUUGGCCUGUUGUUACUAUCUCUCCCCUUUCCUUUCCUUUCCUUGUCUUGUUUUGUUUUUGUUGUUUAACUGUUUUUAUCUGAAUGUAAAAUGCCUUUCACAGAAAGAGAGAAGGUAAGUGGUAGACACUUAUUUUCUAACCUCUUGCCUUCUGCUUCAUCAUCAAUAGGACAUUUUGCUUAAUUCUCCAUUUUUUUCUCAAAAUGUAAAAACAAUCACUACUAGUAAAGUAUAUCAAUCAGUUGUUUAUAAAUUCACCCCCUCCCUUAUUUUUAUUAUAGUAUGUUGCGUGAUGAUGGUAGCUUGAAGUAAUCGUUUGUGUUGCCCUCCCGGCCCCCUGCCCCCCCUU